AUGUGUGAGCGGACAGUGUUUGUGUUGGAUGUGUCGGGCAGUAUGAACGGCCCAAAAAUUAAUACACUACACACGGAGACCGUGCGCUGUAUUAACAAAAUAAAUGAUGGCAAUUAUGUGGGUAUUGUGGUGUUUGGAGAGGGAGCCCGCACUGUGCAUGAAUUGACCAUGGUCACAAACCAGUCCAUGAGGCAAACACUUAUGGCCGCCGUACCCGUCCGUAUAUCUGAUGGCGCCACUGAUAUCGGAGCCGGCAUUAUGGAGGCGUUGUCUGUGUUCAGUCGCGCCAGUGUUGACACCAAUGGGGCGAAGAUAUUUCUGGCCACCGAUGGCGGCGACACUAAAAGUCAUAAUUAUGUGGCCAAUGUGUUGCCUCAUUUGUUAAAUGCCAAGAUAAAAGUGUAUUGUUUAGCAAUCGGUGUGAGCGCUGAUCAGCGAUUAGAGAAGCUGUCGGCCGACACCGGGGGUCUCGUCUACAACCUGAGCCGUACGGACCCCGAGAGCCGUGAAAUGAUGGCCCGCGUAAUGGAGGCCGCGAUGAAAGAGGUUAUCACCAGUAAAGAGAUGGCAGAAGUGGUCACUCAUACUGUUGUCAAUGAAAUAGUAGUCAUAAGUGGUAAUACAUAUGAGACUCGAGUGCCCAUUGAGGCCGACAUCGGACGCAACACUCAAAUACAGAUCCGCUCCGAAGCCAUCAAAGACAUCGACGUAGACAUCACCGGCCCGUCGGGUGUCGUCUAUAGCUCUACAGGUGGCGGACAAAUAGCCAAACGGUUGGACCAGAAAGAGUGCAGACUAUACCUGGAGUCGACUGAAUCGGGUCUCUGGACUAUAAAACUAACAAAACGGAUAUCAACUCCUGUUAGAGCGCAUCUGGUGUUUGAGAACAACCUUACCAGAGCUCAAGCCAUUGAAUUGCAAGUAUUUUUAAGACAAUCACAGGACAACUGCCCACCACUUGUGGUCUGUAGGUUAUGUAAAGGUAAUGACCCGAUAGUAGGCGCUAUAGUAACAGCAUCUGUGGACAGACCGAGUGGGACUCAGACUGACCAUCAGCUAAAUUUGUUUCACAAGCAGGGCUAUUAUUACGCUUACUUUACCGACUAUAGCGGCGCCGGCAGGUAUAAUGUUAGCGCACUGGCUGUUGACAAUGGCAACGGUACAACAUACCGAGGUUCACCCACCGGGGCGUUCCGGCGCCAACGGGUGGCCAACAGUUUUCAAGUAAAGUCUGAUUCUAUGCCAACACAACUGCCACCCGACGAUCAUUUUAAUAAACUGUUGCUCAGCAAACAGUUUGGCCAUCAAAAUGCACCGAUGGGUGGGACAGCUCCUCGUUCAUCACCUGGAGGUCCAACACCAGCGCCAACGCCCAGAAGGGUUCCCCUAUUGAGCGACCAAAUGAGAGUCCUUAAAAACAAAUUGUCCUCUAAUUAUAUACGGACUAAGCGAGCGGUCGACGGCCUACAGGUGUCCCAAAAGGCAGAUCUGGUCAAUAAGUUGUCCCCUUUUGAGCGCUUUUUGUCGUCAGUCCGCGAGACGACCAAAGAAGAGAUCGAUGGAUAUCAGCGACAGUUGGAUGAUGUAAAUGAGCAAGUUAGGCUGAGAACAGAAGCUUGA